ACGCACAGACUUGGCUACUUCAGGGAUCGUGAAAUGGCGAUUUACAAAUUCCAUCAAUACCAGGUGGUCGGAAGAGGUCUCCCGUCGGAGUCUGUUGAGCAGCCAAAGAUAUACCGCAUGAAGCUAUGGGCCACUGAUGAGGUCCGCGCAAAGUCUAAGUUCUGGUAUUUUUUUAGGAAGCUGAAGAAGGUGAAGAAAUCCAAUGGCCAGGUCCUAGCAAUCAAUGAGAUCUUUGAGAAGAAUCCCACCACUAUCAAGAACUUUGGAAUAUGGUUGAGGUUCCAAAGUAGAACUGGCUAUCACAAUAUGUACAAGGAGUUCCGUGAUACCACUUUGAACGGCGUAGUUGAACAUAUGUACACUGAGAUGGCUUCUCG